AUGGGCGGCGGCACAAUAAAAUUCCGUAAGUUCAUCGGACUCAAACCGAAAUCCUCCUCCGCCAAUCUCCAACCUCAACCCAUUACCCCCGACAACUUCGACGGCAACGACCUCAACGCCAACGGCAUUUACUCCACCAACAACGGAGGCUACCACUCCUACACCCCCAACAACUAUGGCCAACCCCCCGGCUUGAGUUCCAUUUCCGAGUUACCAGCAAAUGACUACGGAAACGGGUACACCCAUCAUGCACCUCUGCAACAGCAUCAUCAACAAGGACAUGGACAUCAACACCGGAUGUCCCUCCCUGUACAAGCCAGACCCGGUGGUCCCAAUGGACAAUAUCCUCAUGAUCCAAAUGGCUACUACCAGCAUCAUGAUCGAAGCAGCGGUAACUUAUCUCCUCAAGACGCUGUCCACCAAAAUGGUGGUAACAGCCGCGACCGUCGCAGCGCCAGUCUUGGUUCAAGAAUAAGUCUAGGCAACUUCGGCAGCAGCAACAGCAGUCUCGGCGGGAGAAGCAGCGUGACGACCAUGUCUACCUUGUCUUCAGCUGCUACUUCCCCCGGUCCCGGUGGUCCGACAUCUCCUCACAAUCUGUCGCAGCAGCAGCAUCCGCACUCUCUAUCCCCGGGUUCAACCCCUUACCCCGUUUCUGAGCGUGGUUCUCCUCCCCCUCAGACUCAGAAUCGCUCGUCCAAUGCUCAUAGCCAGCAAUCCUUUGCAAACCGCACAUCCACGGGCCUCCCCAUCCUCCCCGGGCCCCACGUGCAAUCUUCCAGAUCCCAUCCCUCCCACCCUUUUAACACCAACCAACAAUCUCAGUCCCAAUCUUUUACCCCUUCCUCCCAGCAACACCAAAGUGCAAACCAAGCACCACAAUCCCCCUCCGCAGCCGACAUCCGCCGCACCACCAAACUUCUCCGGCGCAUGUUCGAGCUCCGCCUAGAACAAUGGGCCCUUUCGCACUCUCACGAAUCCGACCAACAUCUUGUUCACGAAAAGCGAGUACAAGUGGAUGCGGUGUUGAAUGAUAUCUUGACGAAUGUUAGGAGUUGGGGAACCGCCGGAACCGCCGGGGGUGCAAAUGGAGGAACGGGAGGGAGAGAGAACUGGACGGCGGAGGAGUGGGAUGAUAUUUGUCUUGUUAGAGAGGUUUUGGGGGAGAUGCAAUUUGGACUUGGAGUUGGGGGGUAUGGAGGGGGACAGCAGAUGGGGUAUCCUGGGGGUAGUACUUCUAUGGGAGGGGGUGGUGGGAUGGUUGAUCCUGUUGGGGGGAGGGGGAGCACGAGGGGGAGGUGGUGA